CAAGUUCCAUGGAACAAUAUUUAGAAUCAGUGGAAAUCUUUAGUAUUGCUCAUUUUCUUUCAAGAAAAUUCAAUAAAGCCACCAAACGAGUUGGUGUCAAUAAGAAAGUUACAUUUAUUGAUGUAAAAGUAUUAUGUGAUAAGACAGACUCCAAUGCGUAUUACACUGUAGAAAAUUAUAUCAGUAAUGCAGAGUUUAAAAGAUUUAAUGUGAAUAGUGGUAUAAUUACAGAAUUUCAUUCUAUUCUUGAGGCAUUUGCACAUUUUACGUAUCAAUACACUGAAGGGUAUUUAGUAGUUUAUGAUUUACAAGGAGUUAAUCUUGAUAAUGAGUUUUUAUUAACAGAUCCAGCCAUACAUUGUGUUGACUUAUUAAGAUUUGGAACAACGAAUCUUGGGGUGAGUGGAAUUCAGAAAUGUUUUUUUGCAAAUCAUAAAUGUAAUGAUAUUUGUGAAAAGUUAAAGUUAAAUGAGAUUAAUUUGGAAAGAAAAAAAUCCGAAAAAGCUUUUUGGAAAGUCGUAAAU